AUGUAUUCGCGCACCCAAGUGUUCCUCGCUCUCGCAGGUCAGCUGGCGAUUGGCUUUGCCUUCGUGCUGCCUCCGUCGCUGAGCCACCGCGAUGUCUCGCCCGACCUGACUUGCGGGAACACGGGGGCCGGGACAAAGGGUUACACAUGUUCUGAUAACCUGUGCUGCUCCCAGUACGGCUACUGCGGCAACAGUACGGAUUACUGCGCCACUGGCUGUCAAGAACAAUUCGGCCUGUGUAGCGGGUCCGGCGGCGACGGAAACGGAUCUGGAGACGAUGGUGACGGUGGGACUUCACCGGAUUUAACGUGUGGGAAUACGGGAGCCGGGGAGCAUGGGUAUAUCUGCCCAACUGGCAUGUGCUGCUCUCAGUAUGGGUACUGCGGUAACUCGACUGAUUACUGUGAACUCGGGUGUCAAUCUGCAUUUGGAACGUGUUCGCCGGACGGUGGUGGGAACGGUGGAAGUUCCGGCGAUGGGCGCUGCGGACCUGAUUUCGACGAUCAGGUGUGCGGUACGACGGAAUGUUGUUCUAUUUCCGGAUAUUGCGGUACCACUUCUGAUUACUGCAAUGCUCCGGAUUGUCUCUUCGAAUACGGACCGGCUUGCGACGCAAAUAAAACUCCCAGCGGCACUAACACCUCGACAUUAUCCCGGUCUCCCCUCGGAAGCGUGGCCGUCGGCGGCGUAGGUAUCUACGACUGUCAGAAUGACGGUGAUGUAGCUCUGACUUUCGACGAUGGGCCUGGCCAGUACACAUCUGAGCUCUUGGAUCUCCUGGCGCGGUAUAGCGCUAAAGCGACGUUCUUUAUCACCGGCAUUAAUAACGGCAAGGGUGAGAUCGAUAAUACAAGUCUCCAAUGGCCGUCCAUAAUUAAGCGCAUGCACACCGACAACCACCAAAUCGCAUCUCACACGUGGUCGCACGCCGACCUAAGCGCCAUCACGUCAGCCCGACGGCAGGACGAGAUGAUCAAGAACGAGAUGGCGUUCCGCAACAUCCUCGGCUUCAUCCCGACGUACAUGCGGCCGCCGUACAGUUCGUGUACGAAAGCCAGCGGGUGCGAGGACGACCUGGCCGCGCUGCGGUACCACGUCAUAUACUUCGACCUCGACACCGCGGACUACCUCAACGACUCGCCGGACUUGAUCCAGAAUUCCAAGGAUAACUUUGACCAGUUUUUCGUGGGCCUGUCUCCCGACUCGGACGAUGCCCUGGUCAUUUCGCAUGAUAUCCAUGAGCAGACCGUGCAUAACUUGACCGAGUACAUGCUCAAGGGUAUUCAGAGCCGAGGGUAUAAGGCUGUAACCGUGGGCGAGUGUCUUGGGGAUCCUGUCCAAAACUGGUAUAGGGAACUUUAG